CGUUUGUUUUACAUCACCAAGCGUUGUUUUGUUAUCAGAUCUGUUAUUGUCGGGCAAGCAGCAUGUUGGAAAGCGGAGAACACUUUUUUGAGGGCGUUGAGAAACUACUCGAGAUCUGGUUUGAGGAGAGCUCCAACAGCGAGAAUGAUCUGCGUAACAUUAGCAGAUCUGAUUGGGAAAACGUUCUUAGCAAUGUCAACUGUGAAAUAAUAAGCACUUCCAAAAACGAUACUAUAGAUGCUUUUGUUUUAAGCGAAAGCAGUAUGUUCGUUUCGAAGCGACGAUGGAUUCUUAAAACUUGUGGAACUACAACUCCUCUUAAAUGCUUAGGCCUGUUGUUAAAGUUAGCGGAGGCUAAUGGGUUUAAUGUAGUCGCAGAUUUGUUCUACUCAAGAAAGAAUUUUAUUAGACCAGAAGCCCAGAUAACUCCCCAUCAGGGCUUUACAGAGGAAGUUACUUAUCUGGACUCCAUUUUUCCGAAUGGAAGAUCAUAUUGUCUGGGCUCUAUGAAUCUGGAGUGUUGGUACCUCUACACCUUUAGUCGCGCUGAUAUUAAAAUUUGUUCUCAACAAAUAUCGGAUAAGAAUGAGGUUGACUCUGAGCCAGAUCAAACUAUUGAAAUCCUCAUGCAAGACCUUGAUCCCGAUACCAUGUCGAUCUUUUACAAAAACAAAUAUGAUAAUGCUCAUGGGGCUACUUCGAAAUCUGGAAUCGAUACAAUAUUGCCAAGCAUGCACAUUGAUGAUUUUUUGUUUGAUCCCUGCGGAUAUUCAAUGAACGGAAUUAAUGACAAGGGGGAGUACAUGACAAUUCACAUUACUCCAGAAAACAAGUUUUCGUAUGUUAGCUUUGAAACAAAUGUGGCGCUAAGCAACUACAGGAAACUUAUUAAUCAGGUUAUCAACACCUUCAAGCCGGGCAAGUUUAUUGUAACUAUUUUUGCCAAUAAGUGCUCCUUGGCUUAUGAGACCAUGAAAGAGCUGGAAGUGGAGUAUUCCAAAGGAUCCCACUGGAAGCGAACGGACAUGCAAUGCUGCAAUUUCCCGUCCUACAACCUUCUGUUCGCGCAAUAUUCUUAUAAUGAACAAAAUGUUGAUAACUUAUGAUGUUUCCACUCCAACGGUAAUUGUGAUUGUUUUACGUAUGUCUAACAAAAGUUAUUGUUCGUUUGUUGAUAAUUAAUCAAAACAGAAGUCGAAUAAACACUAGAUUAAAUACUUGGUA